AUGUCACGUUAUGGAGAUUAUAGUCGAGAUCCUUGUCCAUGGGUUAUCUUAAGUGAUACAGGAGGAGCGUUUGCUAUGGGAGCCAUAGGUAGUAGUAUAUGGCAUUUUGUAAAAGGUGCAAAAAAUUCACCAAAGGGAGAACGUAUAAUUGGGGCAAUCACGGCAGUAAAAGCACGAGCACCAGUUUUAGGAGGGAAUUUUGCAGUAUGGGGAGGAUUAUUUUCAACAUUUGAUUGUGCAUUAAAAGGAAUAAGACAAAAAGAAGAUCCAUGGAAUUUAAUUGCUAGUGGAUUUUUUACGGGAGGAGUUUUGGCUGCUAGAGGUGGAAUUGGUGCAUCAGCGAGAUCAGCUGCUUUUGGUGCAUUAGCUUUAGCAAUAAUUGAAGGUGUAUCAAUAGCAGCAUCAAGAGUUUUCGCACCACCACCCAUGAUUCAGAUGCCAGAAAUACAACCUCCACCACCUCGAUAA